AUGGAUUCAAACCAAGUCCCAUACUUCACCAAUCUUCUUAGUGCGGAUAAUGUUGAUGAUCUAUUCAUAGAAACUACAAGUACAAUGUUUGAACACGAAGAGCCUUCACCACAAAUGGAGGAGGAGGUUGAAGUCAUUGUUAAAAAACCAUUACGGGGUGGCCACUUCAGCAUGGACGAAGACAAUAUGCUGAUAUCUUCGUGGAUUGAAAUUACCAUGAAUGCGGUUCAAGGAAAUGAACAAAAACAUAAGAAAUAUUGGGGUAGAAUUUGGGAGUACUUUUAUAGGCACAAAACCUUUAAUUCGAACCGUAAUCUAAAAUCUUUAAUGAAUAGGUGGUCUGUGAUUCAACAAGCGAUUGGGAAGGCAAAACUCAUGUAUCACGAGCUUCAAGGGACGACAUUUCACUUUGAACAUUGUUGGUUAUUGUUGAGGUUUCAUCCAAAAUGGCUGGCUCAUAAAGAAACUAAUACAAAACCAAAGAAAAAAUCUGUUGUGAAAUCUCGUACUAAUACUCAAGAUUCAAUAAAUCUAGAGGAAGACGAGGCCUCACCCGAAGCUUUUAUAAACUUGGAGCGACCAAUAGGCCGAAAAUCCAAAAAGAACAAACGAAAGAAUACCGAAAAAACGAAUCCAGGUGUUGUUGUGAUAUUGAAUGACAUAAAUGAAGACAAGAAGAAGAAAACAAGACUAUUUGUGGAAGCACGUGAGCAGGACAAAGAGAUGUUUCUUCUUAAGAAAGAGGAAGUACGCCUUAAGCAAGAGGAAGUGCUCUUUAAGCAAGAUGAAGUCCGCCUUAGAGAUGGGGGAUUGCGCUUGAGAGAAAAAGUGCUUCGGUUGAAAGAAGAGAGAGAGGAAAAAGAGUUUAUGUUCAUGGAUACAAGUUAUUUAGAUGAAGAUGGGCAAGAAUAUGUUCGUCGAAGCAAAAAGGCAAUCCUUGAAGGUCAAAAAGACAAUCCUUGA